AAGCCGAGAGCCAAACCGCUCCAUCGUCUCGAACCUUCUCGCCUCCUCUAACCCGCCGCCGCCGAACCCUAACCCUUCCUCGCCGCCGCCGACCGACCCCCGCCGCACGCCGGGAUGGACGACAGCUGCGCGGUGUGCGCGGACGCGCUCGAGUGGGUGGCCUACGGGCCCUGCGGCCACCGGGAGGUGUGCUCGACCUGCGUCGUCCGCCUCCGCUUCGUCGUCGGGGACCGUCAUUGCUGCAUCUGCAAGACGGACUGCCCCUCCGUCUUCGUCACCAAGGCCAUGGGGGACUACACGAGGGUCAUCUCCGAUUUCUCCGCCUUGCCCGCCGCGGCGAGCGAGGGGAAGGCGGGGGAGUACUGGUACCACGAGGAUUCAAGGGCCUACUUCGACGACGCCGACCACUACAAGAUGAUUCGGGCCAUGUGCCGGCUCUCCUGCAGCGUAUGUGAGAGAAUUGAGGAGGGCCAGGCGGCGCAAGCGAAGGGCAGGGACAGCACCUUCAAGACCAUUGGCCUGCUAAGGGGGCAUCUGUCCGACAAGCAUGGGCUGCGCAUGUGCAAACUUUGCUUGGAGGGGAGGAAGGUGUUCAUCUGUCAACAGAAGCUCUACACGCAGGAACAGAUGGCCCGGCACACGCAAACAGGGGACACUGAGGUGGAUGGCUCCGAGGUCGAACGCGGCGGCUUUGCGGGACACCCGAUUUGCGAGUAUUGCAAGAGGGCAUUCUAUGGAGAUAAUGAGCUUUACGCGCAUAUGACCAGGGACCACUACUCGUGCCACAUAUGUCAGAGGCGGCAUCCUGGGCAGUACGAUUAUUUCCGCAACUACAAUGAUUUGGAGAUGCAUUUUCGGAAAGAUCACUUCCUCUGUGAAGAUGACGCGUGUUUGGCAAAGAAGUUUGUUGUCUUCCAGAGCGACGCGGAGAUCAACAGACACAAUGCAAUGGAGCACGGCGGGCGGAUGUCUCGUGCCCAGAGGAACGCCGCACUUCAGAUACCUACCAGUUUUAUGUACCAAAGGAAUGAGCAAGAUCAAAGGCGUGGCAGAGGCAGGGGCCGUAGUGCUCACCAUGACAGACCUGAUGGGGAUUUCUCAUUACCUGUGGAUGGCAGUGCAACUGCAGACCAUGGCCUUGGAAGUCGACUUGAUAGCGCAGGGGGUUCCACGAUGCUUGCUGAUGAAUCACUGUUCCCUCCACUGCCUGGGUCAAGUAACAAGUGUUCUGCUUCAACACAACAGGGGCUGCAAGGUCUUCCUAAGACCACUCUUGCAUCAAGGCUUCAACAGUCUAGGAAGGGCACCGUGAAGGUACUAUAUUCUGGUCGGCCUCAAACUGCUCAAAAUCCUGAGAUAGUACCUCAUGCUUCCACUUCCACCCACACAUGUCCUACACCUGAGCGGGAGCGGAAUGGCAGUGCAACUGCAGAGCAUGGCCUUGGAAGUCGAGUUGAUAGUGUUGCAGGGCCUUUACAGUCAUCAAGUGUCAGUUCGGCCAGUUCUCGUCGUCGAAGCUUAGGGAAUGGUCGCGUGCUUGAACAAUUGUCUUUUCCUCAUCUUCAAGGCCGGGAUAUUCCUGAUGCUAGGAUGGAUGCUGUUUCAGAUGAAACCUCGUUUGCUCCCCUCUCGGAGCAUCAAUCAAGUAAUACGCUGGCUCUUAAUCAGAGCUCAAGGGGUUCUGAGAGGCUUGGUGAUGUGUUCCUUCCAUUGCCUGGGUCAAGUAACAAAGGUUCUGCUUCAACACGACAUGGGCUGAAACCUUUUGCUAAGAACACACUUGCAUCAAGGCUUGAACAACCUAGGAAGGGCACCGUGAAGGUACUAAAUUCUGGUCGGCCUCAAACCGCUGAAAAUCCUGAGAUAGUACCUCAUGUUUCCACUUCCACCCAGACAUGUCCUACACCUGAGCAGGAGCGGGAUGGCACUGCAACUGCAGAACAUCAUGGCCUUGGAAGUCUAGUUGAUAGUGUUGCAGGGCCUUUACAGUCAUCAAGUGUCAAUUCAGCCAGUUCUGGUCAAAGCUUAGGGAAUGGUGGCGUGCUCGAACAAUUGUCUUUUCCUCCUCCUGGAGACCAGGAUAUUCCUGAUGCUAGGAUGGAUGCUGUUCCUGAAAAAACCUUGUUUCCCCCCCUCUCAGAGCAUCAACCAAAGCAUGCACUGGCUGUUAAUCAGAGCUCAAGGGGUUCUGCGAAGCAUCAAGCAAAGCAUGCACCGGCUGUUAAUCAGAGCUCAAGGGAUUCUGCGAGGCUUGGUGAUGAAUCAUUAUUCCCUCCAUUGCCUGGGUUAAGUAACAAGGGUUCUGCUUCAACACAACAGGGGCUGCAAAGUCUUGCUAAGAACACAUUUGCAUCAAGGCUUCAACAACCUAGGAAGGGCGCCAUGAAUUCUUGUCGGUCCCAAACCACUGAAAAUCCUGAGAUAGUGCCUGAUUUUUCCACUUCCACCGAGGCAUGGCCGACGCCUGAUCAGGGGCUACAUCUCUCUGGGUCUUCUCACCUUCGGACUGUACCUCAAUCGACAAGAGAUAAUGGGCUCGUGCCACCUGCCUCCAGUGGUUCAGCAUGGAAUUCCAGAGCUCCAAUCAAGAUGAAGCACUCUGUUUCUACCCCUAAUCUUGUUUCUGGUGGGUCCUCUACCCAGGCAUCAUCAAGUACAGCUUACGGCAAUAAACACCAAGUGUCACCUCAAAGCAGCCAGCCUUUGCCUCUUGCGGAGGAUGUUCGGCAAGCGAACAACGCCCUCAUGGAAAAAAUGCGUGCUGCAUUUGGAAUGGAUGAGGAUAGGUUCUCUGCGUUUAAAGAAAUUGCUUCUGAAUACCGUCACGGCGUCAUUGGUACUUCGGAGUAUCUCUCCUAUGUGGAGCAGUUUGGUAUAUCGCAUCUUGUUCCUGAAAUGGCUAUACUGUUGCCUGAUCCUCUGAAGCAGACCGAACUUGCUGAGGCCUAUUACGCCAACAUGCGCUCUAAAAGCCUGAAAGAAAAUGGCAGUUUUGAAACCAUUACCUUGAAAGAGAAAUUGCUUCAGGAAGGAGAGGCUGCAGUGCUUUCAAAGGAUGGGUACCGAUCUUCCAAGGAAAGAACCCCACUAUCUGCUGGAGGUGAUCAAGUUGCCAUUUCAAAGGCGUCUAGCACCAGUAGGUAUGUGGGCAAGGGUGGAGGAAGCAGCAGCAGUAAUAACAACAGUAAACAAUCAAAGAAGACGUCAAAGUUUCUCAGAGCUCGGUUGGGCGACAACUCAUUGGCUAUGCUUGAUUUUCGUCAUCCUGAUGAUGUGAGCCCUGAAAGAAACGUUUGGAAGAAGGGUGUGGCGCAGAAGCUCUUUUCCGGCAAUGCAAAGAAAUAGCAUCAUUUUGCGCAGAUCUGGUUUGAUGCAUCCGUUCAGCAGCUGGUUGCCGGUAAAUGUGCACAUUUUGUGAUGUGUGUUUGGCUGCUUGGAGAAGGCGUCGUCUAUGUAGAAGGUCGUUUCAUUUGAGUCUAGUUUCAUUUCGUACUGAAUUUUUGCUGGUUUAAAACCUCAGAGGUGAGGAUGGAACUUGAAAUAGUACCGCAGUGUCAUGUUCGUGGCUAGCUAUAACUUUGUGGAAGUGUAGACUGUAUAUUGCACGAAUUCUACCAAUGAUUUUGUGUCCUUGCAGAAAAAACUCUCUAUAGCAAGUUUACUCA